AUGGCCUCGUCCUCGAACUUCCCUCUCCGUCAAACUGACCCAGAAACGCUACGCAUCGCACCACAAAAAGAUCCCCUUCCGAAGACAUGCUUACGUCUCUAUUCGGACGAGGACGCCGGGAGGCGACUGACAAAUGAAGAGUAUCGUCUCUCGCUCCUGAAUAACGGUCCUAUUCCCAACUUCGAUUGGAGAGCGGUGCCUCCUGCAGGUAUUGGACCGAAGUUUGAUGUCUUUGGGCGUGUGGAAGAGCUUCAGAAGUAUCUCCGCGAAAACACGUAUCCCAACCAGCGGGAAAAUAUCAUGGCAGCAAUCGACAUGUACAACAGGAAGGAGCUGCCGACACAGGACACACCCCGAGUUUACCUCCAAGAUGGGAAGCUAGUAGCUCCCACAAUGAACAACGUCCUACGACCCGAGCCGAUAUGGAGAGAGGGUUCUGGGAUUCAAUAUAUGCAAGCACAUGGCCAUUAUCAAGCGCUCCCUCGGCAAUCGUCGACUGUUUUCGGGUACAAUCCGGCCCUGGGUGGGGCAGAGAUUUUGCUCCGAGUGACUAUCCCUCCCCAUCUGGGUGGAAAUGGGCUUCCUGUAGUGGUCCGAGCCUUGAACGACACCGGCAGCAAUAUCAUGACGCUUGAUUACAACGAGGCAUUGGGCGAUUUGGGAUGGCAACCUGCACUAUCUCCUCCACAACUAAUUCAAAUCACAACACCGGGAGCAGUGACACUGCAUGAGUCGAUUUCUGUUAUGGCGCAGGCCUGUGACUAUACCGGAGCUGCAUUUACAGGCCAGUUUGUGGAAGACGUCGUCCUUCGACAUUUCACGGGGGAAGAGGUUCGCUUGUCUGGUUCCGCAGUCCGCAAUCAACUAUACUUCGGCACUGCCCCAAGAUUGUCCAAUCUGUACGUCGCCCGGAACAAAACUCGGCAAUCACAGGUUCUUCCGAAUUUCAACCAAUUGCCUUGA